AGUAUUUUCAAUUUUCAAAUUUGCCCACCGCUUUUAAGUGAUAUUAUGUUGUAGAUCUAGCUAACAUCCAUCUAUCGCUUCACUCCUCAGACAAACAAGAAAAUACACAAACAUUUUCCGCUGUGCUUUCUCUCUCUCUUUCUCUCGCAAUGCCAGCAACUGAUGCAGCCUUGGAUCUUCGGCCGGCUCCGCACUCGGCCUUCUCCAUUGGAGAGUACACAUUUGCGGAUGCUGGAAACUUGGAGCACUGUGCGAAGUACUUGAACCAGACGCUCGUUACCUUCGGCUUUCCAGCAUCUCUCGAUCUCUUUGCCAAUGAUCCGAUUUCGAUCGCUAGGACUUGCAAUUGCAUUUAUUCAUUGCUUCAGCAGAGACAGCGCGACAUUGAAUUUAGAGAGUCUGCUAAUGAACAAAGACAACGAUUGUUGUCGGAUAUAUCAAGACUAGAGGCCAAAGUUGAGAGGCUUGAGGCACAGUUGCAAGCUAAAGAUAGAGAGAUAGCAACAAUUACCAGAACGGAAGCCAAAAAUACAGCAGCCUUUAAGGCACAGAUUGAGAAGCUACAGCAAGAAAGGGAUGAAUUUCAAAGGAUGGUGAUUGGGAAUCAGCAAGUGAGAACUCAACAAAUUCAUGAAAUGAAGAAGAAGGAAAAGGAGUACAUAAAGUUGCAGGAGAGACUAAACCAAGUCUUAAUGGAGAAGAAGAAGGAAUCAAGAUCAGGAAUGGAAAUAAUGAAUUUGCUUCAGAAAGAAGGGCGGCAACGUGGAACUUGGAAUGGGAAGAAGGCAGAUAAUGAUUUCUACAAGAAGAUUGUGGAUGCCUAUGAGGCAAAAAAUCAAGAAUUGAUGGCAGAAAAUGCUGAUUUAAGAGCAUUAUUGCGAUCAAUGCAGGUAGAUAUGCGUGAUUUCUUUAAUGCUCCAAAUGGUUUGUCAAAGCAAUCCUUGCCUGUCAGUGAAAGACAAGAAAAUGAUCCCUCACAAUCUCCAUUGGGUGGGAGGACGGAUGUCUUUGACCUUCCUUUUCACAUGGCUAGGGAUCAAAUAGAAGAAAGUCUUCGCACUAAGAUGGCUUCUAUAAAGGAGCGCAUGGUUCAAUUACAAGAUGCACAAAAAGGUGCAGAAGUCACUUCUGAAGCAACAGAGAGGGAGCUUGAGCUUGAAGCUCAACUUGUUGAAGCAAGGAGCAUAAUCCAGGAGCAGGCAUCCAUUAUGUCCAAACAUCUUGCUAAGGCAGAGAGACCAAGGGAAUCUAUUAUUUCAUCACCAGCUGAGGUUUUUCUUGUUGAGACUUCAUAGACUGCAGUUUGUUUAGGAGUAGCUUAUAAUGGGCUUGCAAUCAUGGGGUAUAACUUAGGGAGCCCAACCGCCAUGAAUUUUCGGAUUAAGAUCAACUGAAGUUGGUUCGUUUUAAGAGAUGCGUGGAAGGGAGUGAGCAAGCAUGUAAAGCAUUGAGUCCCGUAUGGUGAAUUCGGUUUGUAGCAACUACAUUAAGGCUUUCUUCUAAAGCUGUAGUAUUAAUGUAAUUAGCAAGCAUACAGUUGGUUAGUGAGAGAGAUUUGUUUAUCCAUUGUAUCAAGCUGGUUAAUUAAAAGAACAGCGCCUAUCCACACACAAACACAUGCUUGCAAGUGCAGCUUAACUCCUGGUUUACUUCUAAAAGAUGGCUACUUUCAUUACUUUGAGUCUGAAACAGUGAAAUUAAAACUUAAUUUCAUAUUCUUAAUGGAAAAUGACAACCGGAAGGUUUAACACUGUUGAA